AGAGUGGAUGUGUGCGCGCGCGGUUUUUUUUUGCGAGGCCGUUUGGAUAUGCGUUUAACGGUACCCCGGUGUGAACUACAACUACACGCUAAUAUUAUCGUGAACAUUUUUGGUAGGUCUAACAGGCUAUGGCUCAGCGCUUCUUUGGACAACCAGGUUCUACCAUUCACUCAACAACUAAAGCGACUCAUCACCACGUGUCUGCAAAGGUGUCCGAACAAGGUUAUGGACAUAGUUUAGAUCACGACUCAUCUGGUGAAACACUGCCAUUUGUGUCCCUGGAUGACAGCCAUGAGCAGCAAAGUGAGGAUUCAGGCUUUAGCGUCUCACAAAGAAGUUCACCAAUACAUGAGGUGGAUGAGGGUGUUGCCUCCACCCCAACCAACACAAGAAUAGAUGCCAUUGGGAAGAAAGCCCAAGACCUUAUAGAGAGAAUCAACCAGAGUCGGGCAAUGGACCAGAAACUCAUGAACAACUUUGAGGAGAAGCUUAUGAAGCAGGUGAGUGAGAUGUGCCAGCAGGUGAAGGAGCAGAUGUUCGAGUAUUAUGACAAACACAGCCGAGGGAUGGAGACGAAGCUCACAGAGCUCACAGAAGUGUUAGAGCGCAGCAAUCAGCUCAGCAUUGAGCUCCAGAGAGCCAGCCAGACGCUGGCAGCUAUUAACAAAGGGCUGCUACAAACUCCGGGCCAGUAGUUCCAAAUCACACGCACAGUGCUUAAAACACUUCCAUAGCACCAGACAUAUGGCAGCUAAGAUACUGUAGUUUCAUUUGUUGAUAUAAUAAAAAUAGCUUAUUACAAAGGUAAACAUGUUUAAAACAAAAAUGUUGUUUAGACAGUGCUGUCAAAAAGACAAAAAAGAUAUAUUAGUCCACCUUGUGUUUUAAACUUGGAUUUUGUUUGAUUAAAGCUGUACCUAUUUACACUGUAA